AUGAAGAUGCCAGCCGGCUACUCCGGCGGCAUCAUUCCGUGCUUCUACCUCAUCUCGGGUAACAACCCGGGUUACAAGGACAUCCACGACGAGAUCGACUUCGAGAUCCUGGGCGCAGAGAACCCGCGCGAUAUGAUCAUCCACACGAACCUCAUCACGGGCGGCCAGACCAACCUGGAGCAGUUCCGCUUCCCGUUCGACCCGUCGGCGGACUUCCACACGUACACGAUCAUCUACUCGCCGCGCUUCAUCGUGUGGGAAAUCGACAACACACCCAUCCGCGUCACCCUCAAGACCCCUGGCAGACCCUUCCCCUCCGCGCCCGUUCAAGUCAAGGCAUCCAUCUGGGACGCGUCGAGCUGGAGCCCGUUAAAGCCCGACUGGAACAAGGGCAAGGUGACGGCCCAGUUCAAAGACUUCGACUUGACCAGGACAUGCGCCGUUCCGCCCACGGGCAAGCGCCCCGCGUGCGCGGAUGAGACGAACAGGCAGAAGGCGCCAUGGCUGUACAACCUGCCGCCCAAGCAGAUUCAGAAUUUCAAGAAGUUCAGGAGGAGUUAUGUGAAGGCGUCGUAUGGCUGGGAGGUGAUUCAGUAA